AUGUCCGACUCAAUUCCUUUUCCACACCCUAGUCCGAACGAUGAUUACGCCGAAUAUCCAUUCCCCUCUACAAACCCAAGCACCCGUCCAAGUUUUGAACGUCAACCAACUGAAGAGAGUAUUCAAUUUGUCUCCGGAUUACAAACACCUUCGCCGCCUUCGCCGCCCACGUUACCCGAACCCGCUGCAGAGGAACCUCAAAUAGAAUCUCGCACCCGAUCGCCUCGUGUGCGCUUUCGCUCAAUCAGUCGUCUCAGUGAACGAUACUUACACCCAUCCGACACUCUACGAGUCGUUUCAGACCAAUCUGACGCGUCCCAACGUCCUCUACUGCCGCCAGCAGAGCUGAGCGAUAUCCCGUUAUCCGGAAGCGUCACCCCGCCGGUCCCCGCACAUUCCCGCCACGGUAGCGGUCGCACCCGCAAGGAUUCAUACAAUGGUUUCUCAGAGAAGAAUGAGCCGGAUUCCGUGCAAAGACAACAAUCUGUUGGUGAGCGAUUCCGCGCGGCUCGUCAAUUAGUUCGACAGAAGACUGUCAAAUGGAGUGAACGUCUCGGUCGUCCUACGGAUGAGGGCGAGGCCCUGAAUGCAUCCCUUCUUCCCGAUGACUUUGACUCUAGCAUUCCGCUGGAAGAAAUCCAAGCUCGUCGCGCUCGUCGUGAUGCAGAUGGAUUGCGCGCUCUGGAAGCUGGCGAUGAACCCAUUGAGGCUGCGCCAAGCGCCGAGGCGCAUCGUCUCGUGCGCAGUAUGACAUCGGUCGGAGACCGUUUGAAGCGCAAGCCACGUGGUGCUUACCAACGCUCGGGCCAAACUACCCCUGAGGGCUUGCUGCGAGAUUAUACUGCUGCUGCGCGUCGUCGAUCAAGUGGAUUCGGUGGCGGUAGUAGUGGUAUCUUGUCGCAGCUUCUGAGACUUCAGGCGGUUCAAAAUGGUGGCUCCUCGCGCCCGGAGAGUGUCAUUAGUGAUGACUCGGAUAGUGAGACUCAGGUCUCGUCUGGUGUGACGACCCCGAAGAAGAUCGGGUCUGUUUCGCCAUCUCUGGGUCCGUCUAUGCCUACUUCUGGAGCUGCUACCCCUCGAAAGGAGAAGCUCAAGUGGUACAAGAAGUCUAACCAUCGAUCAACCUCUUCGCUGAUCAAUGCUUCUAUGAACUUCAGUUCUGCUAGCUUGCCGGCGGCUGCUGAGGCAUUCCAACCUGGUAAGCGACACAAGAAGAGCAAGCGCAAGACUCGUCUCGAGGAUGAAAUCCGUGUUACCGUGCAUAUUGCCGAGAUCAUCUCCCGUCAGCGAUACAUCAUGCAAUUGUGCCGUGCUCUGAUGCGCUAUGGCGCUCCUACCCACCGUUUGGAAGAGUACAUGCAGAUGACUGCGCGAGUUCUGGAGGUUUCAGGACAGUUCCUCUACCUUCCCGGUUGUAUGAUCAUGUCUUUCGAUGAUCCGGCAACUCGUACCGCCGAGGUCAAGCUCGUGAGAAUGGUGCAAGGUGUCGACCUGGGCCGACUUGCUGAUACCCACAAUGUGUACAAGAACGUCGUCCACGACCUGAUUGGUGUCGAGGAAGCCAGCCAAGAGUUGGACGAUAUCAUGCAGCGCAAGUCACGAUACAACAAGUGGCUCACGGUUCUUUGCUACGGUUUAGCCAGUGCCGCGGUCGGUCCAUUUGCUUUCGAAGCCCGUCCAAUCGAUAUGCCUAUUAUCUUCAUUCUCGGCUGCCUCGUUGGGUUCAUGCAACACGUUAUCGCUCCCCGCUCAGUCCUCUACUCCAACGUCUUCGAAGUCACCGCUGCCAUCUUAACCUCAUUCCUGGCGCGUGCUUUCGGUAGCAUUACGCACAAUGGGGAACCCCUAUUCUGCCUCUCUGCUCUUGCUCAAUCCUCCGUCGCUCUUAUCCUCCCCGGUUUCACAGUCCUCUGCAGCAGUCUGGAACUGCAAUCCCACCAAAUGAUCGCUGGCUCGAUUCGCAUGGUGUACGCUAUCAUCUAUUCUCUCUUCCUCGGCUACGGUAUCACAGUUGGUCUUACAAUCUACGGUCUAAUGGACCACAACGCAUCCUCCCAAACCACAUGUCCCAAUCUCGACGUAUACGGAUCAGUCUACGUGCGCAAGUUUCCCUUCGUUGCCAUUUAUGCCGUAUUCCUCGCACUCGUCAAUCAGGCCAAGUGGAAGCAGAUGCCAGUUAUGGUCUUCAUCGCUACUGCCGGAUACAUUGCCAACUACUUCAGCACACUGAAAUUCGGCUCUUCAUCUGAAGUCGCGAAUACCGUUGGUGCAUUUACUGUUGGUCUUCUGGGUAACUUAUACAGUCGUCUGUGGCAUGGUCAUGCCGCAACUGCUAUUUUACCUGGUAUCUUCGUGCUUGUUCCAUCUGGUCUUGCAUCCAGUGGUUCCUUACUAUCUGGUCUGAGCUACGCCAACGAGGUUAUCUCUGGUAACACAUCAUCAACUGAUGAUUCCAGUACAUCUGUUUCCAGUCUUGGAUACGGAAUGAUUCAGGUUGCUAUUGGUAUUACCGUUGGUCUUUUCAUGUCCGCUCUCAUAAUUUAUCCUUUCGGGAAGAAGCGCACUGGUCUUUUCAGCUUCUAG